AUGUCCUACUACCCUCCUCCUGGUCCACCUCAGUAUGGAGGUGGUGGUGGUUMCCCGCCGCAGCAACAAUMCCCUCCAAAUGGCUAUGGGCACCCACCACAACAAGGAUAUCCUCCACAACAGAACUAUGGCGGCUACCCCGGCCAGGGCCAGCAGCAUUAUCAUCAUACGCCGCCGCCUGCCCACGCCGGUUAUGGAGGAUAUGGCACUCCAUCUCCUCAGCCUUAUAACAAUGGUGGAUACGAUCGACCUCCACCUCAGGCGCCCGGAUAUGGCGCUCCAUCACAUUCUCCCCAUCCAUCCCAUGGCAGCGGGUAUGGCAGACAAGCAUACGGUCACCCCCCGCCCCCGCCAAACGAAUCUGUCGCGUUCGGUCAAGGAGCCCCGCAAGGCUACAACUUUCGCUACUCACAGUGUACCGGGAAGAGAAAAGCGCUACUAAUAGGUAUCAACUACUUUGGUCAGAAGGGCCAGUUGCGUGGAUGUAUCAACGACGUAAAGAACAUGUCCUCGUACCUGAACCAGGCCUUUGGUUAUGCAAGAGAGGAUAUGGUUCUUCUUACAGAUGAUCAGCAGAACCCCAUGAGUCAGCCGACGAAGGCUAAUAUUUUGAGGGCGAUGCAUUGGUUGGUUAAGGAUGCGCAGCCGAACGAUUCGUUGUUUUUCCAUUAUUCUGGUCACGGUGGUCAAACUCCCGAUCUGGAUGGUGAUGAAGAUGACGGAUACGACGAGGUUAUCUACCCGGUUGAUUUCCGUGUUGCAGGACACAUUGUCGACGACGAAAUGCACCGCAUCAUGGUCAAGCCGCUCCAGCCCGGCGUUAGAUUAACAGCCAUCUUCGAUUCCUGCCACUCCGGCUCUGCUCUGGAUCUACCAUAUAUCUACUCUACCCAGGGUGUGCUCAAGGAACCCAAUCUGGCCAAGGAAGCUGGCGCAGGUCUUCUCAGCAUCGUAUCGUCCUACGCACGCGGGGACAUGGGCAGCAUGGCCUCCGCGGCAAUGGGCCUCAUCAAAAAGGCCACCAAGGGCGACGGCGCAUACCAAAAGACGCUUCAGACCAAGACCAGCCCGGCAGACGUUAUCAUGUGGUCUGGCAGUAAAGAUGAGCAGACGAGCCAGGAUGCCACGAUCAACGGUCAAGCCACCGGAGCCAUGUCCUGGGCCUUUAUCAAUGCGCUUAAGAAGAAUCCUCAGCAGAGUUAUGUGCAGUUGCUCAACAGUAUUCGUGAUGAGCUUGCUGCAAAGUAUUCUCAGAAGCCGCAAUUGAGUUGCAGUCAUCCUCUUGAUACCAACCUCCUCUAUGUCAUGUAA